GUAAGCUUGGGUGUGGUGACAAGUCGUCUGCGUGACUGCGACUGCGGCAGCAGCUGACAGGAUGUGUCGUGACGAUGUGUUGCGAGCUGAAUCACAUGUGCAUUCUUCGGAACUGAGGUAGAAGACUCAACUGGCCGGUGUCAACGACACAGCUAUCUCAGAUUUCACCAUGGCUGUCUAUUCAUCUUUGUGGUUGGCUAUGGCUGCGCUGGUGGUGACGUGUGUCAGAGCAGAGUUGUCUGCCAACUCUACAGCGAUGCCGGAAGAGGAAGCGUUUGUACUUGACGUCAUCAUGGACGCCCCCAAGGAAGACGUGUACUUCCUGUUUGAUAUCAAGGGUACACAACUCACUAGCAAUGAUGUUAACAAAGCUUUUGAAGGACUUCCCGUGCUCUACAAAUUCAAGGUGGUAGGAGGCCAUCGCUGUGUCGUCGUCUUGAGAAGCGUGCCUGGUGACCGCGCUGCACUCAGGGACCUCGUCAUCCCCCAGGCCACAGACGUGGAGGUGUUCAUGGCUGAACACUUCAGCGAUUUGCUCAGUUACUACGAUGUGUUGGGCAAACAGGACAAGGAGCCUUUACUCCUAGAAGAUGAGAACCUGUACAUGUCUACAAUCACCAUACGGGAAGAAGGUAUGAACUUGACCAUGUUUAAAAACAACCUCAAGGAGUUCUUCAGAGCGACACUUGCAGCCAACUUCUUCGAUAUCCGCGGGUUUCAUCUCAACGGGUUGCUUCCCUUUACGUUUAUCUCAUUUAUGCGCAUUAGUCCGCAUCGCAAUGACAGAGCUCUGAUAGGAAUGUCAGACUAUGUUGGUGGACCUUACCAGAUGGUCAUAAACACACGACCCAUCGUCAACAUCUGAAGUCUUCAAACCUACGAUCUCUGAAAAAUGUGUCUUAGGUGACUCAACACUUGUCAAUCAGAUGCUUUAAAAUAAAAUAAAAAAACACCCUCGCA